UGGGCUGCUUUUCCCCUCGAAAUAAUACAAAGUCAUUGCAAACAUCAUCAAAGGAACUUCCCCCAUGCCCUCGACCCAAAUUUACCACUCCGUGCCACUUUCCAACAACGCGGUCACGGUCAGAAACCGCGUCUCUCAGGGGCAUUUUUGUCUUUUUACACUUUCCCUUCUUUGGAUCUUUCUUCGUCUUCGUCUUCCCUCUCGCUUUCUCCGCCAAUCCUUGCUUCUCUUUCGGGGGGAGAGAGAGAGAGAAGGGGAUCUUUUUAUGAGUUUCUGAAGGAAGGAUUGAGCUGCGGACUGCUUCGAGCUUUCCUUUCUCUCUGCGUUAAUGGCGGAAAACGGCGAAGAAAAGUUACUUGCUGUGGCCCGUCACAUAGCCAAGACCCUCGGCCAUAACGAGUCCAUGGCCGAUGAUAUCUUGCAGAUCUUCUCCAACUUCGAUGGCAGGUUUUCCCGCGAGAAGCUCGUUGAAACCCACUCCGGAGACGACGGAUCCGGUGGCGGAUUCCCUGCCCUCGAGCGCUCUUUGAAUUCCUUGGACCGUCAGAUCUCCCGCUUCGUUGCGGCGGAUCAGCCUAUCUGGGCCGAUCCAGCCGACUCCGCCGCCUUUCUCGACGCCAUCGACGAUCUCGUUGUUGCUAUCCGAGAGUGGAGCCCCAUGGCCACCGAGAAGCCCGUCGCCGCCUGCCUCUCACGCGCCGACGAGAUGAUGCAGCAAGCUAUGUUCCGAGUCGAGGAGGAGUUCAAGUCGCUCAUGGAGCGAGGUGCUGAAUCCUUCGAGCUCAACCCACUGGGAGACGCAGCCAUGAGCCACCGUUUCGACUCCGACGAAGAGGAGGAGGAAGGAGAGUACGACAGAUGCUUCCAGGACGGAGAAGACUUCCAGAUCCCGGUGGCCCAGCCGCUCACCGACUACGACGUCGUCAUCGACGCCCUUCCCUCGGCCACGAUCAACGAUCUCCACGAGAUGGCGAAGCGCAUGUUGGGAGCCGGUUUCGGGAAGGAGUGCUCCCACGUCUACAGCUCUUGCAGGAGAGAGUUCCUAGAAGAAAGCAUGUCGAGGUUAGGGUUGCAGAAGCUCAGCAUCGAAGAAGUGCACAAGUUGCCAUGGCAGGAGCUGGAAGAUGAGAUCGAACGGUGGAUUAAAGCCGCCAACGUCGCCCUCCGGAUCCUCUUCCCUAGCGAGCGCCGCCUCUGCGACCGCGUCUUCUUCGGCUUCUCCUCCGCCGCCGAUCUUUCGUUCAUGGAGGUAUGUCGCGGCUCAACCAUUCAGCUUCUGAAUUUCGCGGACGCAAUUGCGAUCGGAAGCCGAUCGCCGGAGAGAUUGUUCAAAGUGCUUGAUGUAUUCGAGACGAUGAGGGAUUUGAUGCCGGAAUUCGAGUCGGUGUUCUCUGAUCAGUUCUGUGUAGUUCUCAGAAACGAAGCCAUCACAAUAUGGAAACGAUUGGGCGAAGCCAUAAGAGGGAUUUUCAUGGAACUUGAGAAUCUCAUCCGCCGCGACCCGGCCAAAGCGGCGGUCCCUGGCGGCGGCCUUCACCCCAUCACUCGCUACGUCAUGAAUUACCUCCGAGCCGCCUGCAGAUCCAGACAAACCCUAGAGCAAGUAUUCGAGGACAGCAAUGGGGGUCCAUCUAAGGACUCGACCCUGUUGACGGUGCAAAUGGCAUGGAUCAUGGAACUGCUGGAAAGCAACCUGGAAGUAAAAUCCAAAGUGUACAAGGAUCCAGCACUGUGCUCUGUGUUUCUGAUGAACAAUGGCAGAUACAUGGUUCAGAAGGUGAAGGACAGCGAUCUGGGUCUGCUCUUAGGGGAAGACUGGAUCAGGAAACACAACGCGAAAGUGAGGCAAUACCAUUCGAAUUACCAGAGGAGCUCGUGGAAUAAGGUGGUAGGAGUAUUGAAGCUGGACAACAGCAACACAACAGCGGGCGCCAUGAAAGAGAAGCUCAAGCAGUUCAAUGUGCAGAUGGAGGAGAUGUGGAAAGCGCAGUCGAGGUGGGUGGUGUUCGACGAGCAGCUGAGAGAGGAGCUAAGGAUAUCGGUCGGAAGGCUACUGUUACCAGCUUAUGGGAACUUCAUCGGAAGGUUCCAGAGCCUUCCGGAGACGGGGAAACACGCCGACAAGCUCAUCAAGUACGGAGUUGAGGAUGUCGAGGCGCGUGUCAGUGAGCUGUUCAACGGGUCCGAAAGCUCGAGAAAGUGAACGUGGAAACCAUAUGAUAUCGUCGAUGGGGUAAGCGGGAGGGGGACGAUCACAGUGGGGUGGCUUUGGUCGCAAAUUUUGCGAGGGUGAAGUGUUGUUGAUUGUAAUAUUGUAGAGAAAAAAAGAGAGAGAGAGAGAGAUGUCAAGUCUCUUCUAAGAAAAUGAUCAGAACUCUCUCGUGUUAUAUAUGUUACUGUGGAUGAUUAAAUUAAAGGAUCGGAUCUUGUAGUGAAAUUGAAUCUCGAAUUUUAGACGAGGCUUGAAAUA